UGUAUAUACUCAAAUUAAGAGGUAGCAGUUUUUCAAAAACUGGCUAACUAGUUUAAUUUGUUGCUUUGCCUGCAUUGUAGUAACCAUAUACAUAGAGUGGUGGAUAUAUAGAUAUAUAUAGCGUAAAAAUUGCACACCUCAGAGAUAUGGUAAGGGCUCGUUGUUGUGAGAAAGUGGGAUUGAAAAAGGGAAGGUGGACAACGGAGGAGGACAUCAUAUUGGUGUCUUAUAUUCAGGAACAUGGUCCUGGAAAUUGGAGGGCAGUUCUUGCCAAAACAGGGUUUUCAAGAUGCAGCAAGAGUUGCAGACUUAGAUCAACUAAUUACCUGAGGCCAGGAAUCAAACAAGGCAACUUCUCAGAACAAGAGGAGAAGAUGAUAAUCCAUCUUCAAGAUCUUUUAGGAAACAGGUACAAAUCAAUCUUCCAAGCACCUACUUAG